CACAGCAGCCGGCGUCGCUGCCUCUGUCGCAGUUCUGCCACAGUCACCGCCAACUUCUCAGUCCGUCGGACCACAACGGCGGAAUCGGCGACGAGCGCCUGCGAUUUGGAAUCGGGCAUUCAGUUCGGUUUGGCGAGUCGAGCGUGUGCGAAGCGCUCAGAAAAUUGCGCACCGAAAAGACGACGACGGACGACGGGAAAGCUCUCAGAAGACGCGCGUUUUCCAAAUCCGCAAAUACUCAGUUUCUAAAGAGCCAACGGCUUUUGGUUUUUUCGAGUGCAUAAUAAUUAUUUUCAACUGUUUUUGCUGCAAAAUGAAUUAAAGGAAAGAGCCGAGUGUCAAAAAAUAAAAACAAAAGUGUUUUAAAAAACAUACGCAUAAAUAAUGCGAUCAAAAUCAGUGACAAAGAUCAACGCUUGACAAACACGACAACGAUAAGAAGAAAAAAAAUUCCAAAAUAAAAACCAAACCGCCAGGGAGGACUCCUCUCCUCCGUCCGAGAUGCCACAAGCUGGCCAAGGACUGAGCCUGCUCCUUAUUCUGUGCCUGCUUCAGGGUCUCCUGUUUCCCUGGAGUGCUGCCUGGUUCUACGAUGCCGAGUCCGUGGGCGGAGUGGCCAGCAUGGGCGCCGGAUCCGAUGAGCAUAGCUUCAAGACCCCGGAAACCAAAAACUCUCACAAAUCUCAAAGCACAGAGCUCGUUCAGCACUUUCCCAGUAUCCCGAUGACGGAUCAUCGACAUCUGGGUGCUCGAAGGCAGUUGGUUUUCGUGGCUUUACUCCCUUCUGUAGAGUCGGAUAACAAGAACGACUGCAUCAUGCCCAAGGUUUUGCCUGUGCUGGAGCUGGGCAUCAGGCAUGUUCAGCGGUUGGGCUUUGUGGGUGGCACUCACUUCGACAUCCAGCUGAUAUCAAGAGACACCUUUUGCUCUUCUAAAUAUGGACCCAUUGGCUUCUUUGAGAUCUACACUCAAUGGGCGGAGGUGAAUGCUGUCUUUGGUCUUCCCUGCGAGUACGUCUUGGCCCCCAUUUCGCGGUACGCCGAUGUCUGGCAAGUUCCCGUCCUCACCACCGGCGGCAAUGCCAAGGAGUUUAAUAAGAAGUCCGAGAGUUACUCCACCCUCACCCGUCUCAAAGGUGCCCAGGUUAAUAAUCUUGGCAAUGUGGUCCGGGCUAUCCUGAACAGCUUUAAUUGGACGAGAACCGCGUUGAUUUAUCAGAAUGAGAACGCCAAGGUCAAGGGCAACUCGGUGUGCUUCCUCUGCCUGGCCGCCAUUCAUGACACUAUCGAGGAGCACUCCGUCUACCAAUUGGGAUUCGACACCUCUACGUGGACCAAGGCGGACAUCACGCGGAUGCUAAAGAAUGUCGCCAUGCAGACGAGAAUUGUCAUAAUGUGCGCCGAUCCGCAGUCGAUACGUCAAAUUAUGCUGACAGCCGAGGAGUUGAAUAUGAUCGAUAGCGGCGAAUAUGUUUUCAUCAAUAUUGAAUUAUUUUCGCGGGUUCAAUAUCUGACAUCACAGCCCUGGUACGAUAAGAACGAUACGGAUUUGAAUAAUGAGCGGGCCCAGAAGGCCUACACCGCCAUGUUGACCGUGACUCCCAAACAGCCGAACGACAACGAAUACACCCGGGUCUCCAAUGAGAUCAAAGCCAUUGCUGCGGAGAAAUACAAUUACACAUUCAGCGACAACGAGCCCAUUUCGGCAUUCGUCACCUCCUUCUUCGACGGAGUCCUACUCUAUGCCAAUGCCCUCAACGAGAGCAUCCGGGAGGAUCCCACCAUGCUGACACGACCUAUUAACGGCACCGACAUGGUGCGACGCAUGUGGAAUCGCAGCUUCACUGGCAUCACCGGUAACGUGACCAUCGAUGCCAAUGGGGAUAGACUUUCUGCCUACUCACUGCUGGACAUGAAUCCUACUACUGGCAGAUUCGAGAUCGUCGCUCAUUUCCUGCACAACCGGCUGGAGUUUGAGGCCAACAAGGAGAUUCACUGGGCGGGUGACCGAGAGGAGGCGCCAUCAGAUCGACCCACUUGUGGCUACGAUGGUGCCUUGUGUCCCGAUAAUUCCCUGCCCGGCUAUGCCAUCCUAUCGAUUGUCCUGGGAACCAUGGUGGUCGUAAUGGCCGUGUGCUUCUUCUUUGGCUAUCGUCACUACAUUGCUGAGGCAGAGAUCAACUCGAUGAGCUGGAAGGUGUCACUAGAGGACGUAAUGUUCCGAGAUGCAGCCGAGCGUGGGCUGCGCGGAUCCUUCCACUCGCUGGUUAAGCAAAGUUCUCAGCUAACUCUAAUGUCCGAGGACAUGGUGUCCAUCAACGGAGACCGGCAAAUCUUCAUCCCUGUUGGCAUGUUCCGUAAAAGCAAGGUUGCCAUCAAACCGGUGGAGGUGGAAAAUGUCCAGGCGCUUCUUACGCGCAAUUUAAUGCUAGAACUAAAGCGGAUGAAGGACCUGCAACACGACCAUUUGGUCAAGUUCUAUGGUGCCUGUUUGGACCAGAGACGCAGCUUCCUGCUUACCGAGUACUGCCCCAAGGGAUCGCUGCAGGAUAUACUCGAGAACGAGCAGUUCCAGUUGGACUGGAUGUUCCGACUGUCCCUAAUGCACGACAUCGUUCGUGGCAUGCAGUUUCUACACAGCUCCGACAUUCGCUCCCACGGCAACCUAAAGUCCUCCAACUGUGUGGUGGACUCCCGGUUCGUGCUCAAGAUCACCGACUUUGGACUGCACAGCCUGCGGCGGACAAGAUUCGACCUGGAAAGCGACGGUGGCAAUUGCAAUAGCCACGCCUACUGGAGCAAACUCUUGUGGACUGCCCCCGAACUGCUGCGGGUGGAGCACAAUCGAGCGCCCGAGGGAACCCAGAAGGGUGACGUCUACGCCUUUGGAAUCAUUGUUCACGAGAUAACCACUCGACAAGGUCCCUUCUACCUGGGCAGAUGUGCGUACGAGAAGUCGCCACAAGAAAUUAUUGAACUGGUUAAGGGAUAUCAUCCGAUGAGAAUGCAGAAACCAUUCCGACCGGAACUCGAACCGAAUGGCGAUACAAAGGCGGACAUAAAUGGUAUCAUCCGUCGCUGCUGGGCGGAAGACCCUGCCGAGCGUCCGGACUUCAACACUCUGAAGUCCAUGAUUCGCAGGUUUAAUAAAGACAACGAGACGGGCAACAUUGUGGACAACCUGCUAAAACGCAUGGAGCUGUACGCCAACAAUCUGGAGGAACUGGUGGAGGAGCGCACUCAGGACUACCACGAGGAAAAGAAGAAAUGCGAGAAGCUACUGUACCAACUCCUGCCCCAGAGUGUGGCUGCACAGCUCAUUAGCGGACAGCCGGUGGUGGCAGAGACCUUUGACCAGGUGACGAUCUACUUUAGUGACAUUGUGGGCUUCACAGCCAUCUCUGCGGAAAGCACGCCCAUGCAGGUGGUGCAGUUCCUGAACGACCUGUACACCUGUUUCGAUUCCAUUGUGGAGAACUUCGAUGUUUAUAAAGUGGAAACGAUUGGAGAUGCCUACAUGGUUGUUUCUGGACUACCCAUUCGAAAUGGCAACCAGCAUGCCCGGGAGAUAGCGCGUUUGGCACUGGCUCUCCUGGAAGCAGUGCACAACUUCCGGAUACACCACCGCCCAGAGGAUCGACUGAAGUUAAGGAUAGGACUGCAUACAGGAGCCUGUGUCGCUGGAGUGGUGGGUCUAAAGAUGCCACGCUACUGCCUCUUUGGCGAUACUGUAAACACUGCCUCUCGCAUGGAGUCCAAUGGAGAGGCACUGAAGAUCCACAUAAGUGAAACCACCAAGGCGGCACUGGACGAGUUCGGCACCUUUGUGACAACCCGUCGAGGCUUUGUACCCAUGAAGGGCAAGGGUGAGAUGCUAACCUAUUGGUUAGAGGGCGAAGUGCCCCGUCCUGACUCCCUGAUUUCGCCCAGCAAAUUAAUGCUCACCCGACGCUCCUCACUGAAACAGCCACAGCGCAGCCAGUCACAUCACCUGCACAAGCAGUACUCCGAACUAGUGGUGGCUUCGCCACCACCUCAGUUACCACCACCAGCGAUCGCCCUGCCGCCGCCACCGCCGCCGUCCAAGGAUUCGCCCAAUCUCCGCGUCAAACGCAAGAUAAGCUCCAGUUCGCCCAAGCUGAAUGGCGGGGGCUUUGACUAUCACAAGACUGAGAACCUCUAUCUGGAUGCAGCUGCUGCUCAGAGAACCUGUGACAUCUACAGCAGCCGGAGCUUACGCGAUAUGGAGGAGACCUCCGACAGCUGGGAACUGGCCCACUUCCGGCUGCCGCUGAGCGGAGCACUCAAGAGCCAUCAUCACCUCAAUAACAACAAUAGCCACGGCUAUGUGCACUCGAAUUCCAGCUCCAAUCUGAGCGGCAUUCUGCAGCCACCGCCACUGGGUGGCCAACGGAGCCGACUGAAACCGUCGCCCACGAUCUCAACGCUGCUGACGGGCGCCAGGAAUGAGGGCAAUACCUCUCCAGGCCCCGAAACGGCCAGCAUGGGCAGUGGCCAGCUGAGGAUUAAGUUCGCCGAAGGCGACGAAGCUCCACUGCUGCCCACACCGGCACCACCACCUGCACCUGCACCUGCUCCGAUUCCACCGCUGGUGACUGCUAGUCCGCAGCGGAGCAGCAGUGGCCAGAACAUUCCGGCGGACAGCAACCACUACGGCUUCCUAGUGAAAAGCUACAAGCAGCAGUGUCCACCGGUGGCGGGAAGUGCCGUCACCCAGCCACUGCUGGCUAAGAUCAACUCAUAGCUGUAUGCGGGGGAGACGACUCCCUCUCCACUGUAAUCAUAUGCAUAUUAAAUGUACUUGUUUGUGAUAAUAAGUUAAACCCAAGUUGAACAAGUUAGUGGUUAGUCGUUAGUCGACCGAAUCAAAUUCGAAAUUCGUACGGGAACUCUUCUAAAAUGUUUCGUAGUUUUUAAUCGCCCUUUCCCCCUUACUCAUAAGUAGCGAAUUUUACAUGUUAACAAACCUCAAAAACAAAAAACACUCGAUGUAAAUAGCAAUUUACAACCAAUCAAUUUGUUCCUUGUGCUUUGAAUAUUCACUCUCUACAAACUCAGACAAUUAGCUUAAAGUAGAUAUUACCUAAAGAUAAGCGUAGACACUUUGUGAAAAUUUCUUAUAUGUAAAGUAUUAGACGAACAUGAAUAUUUAUUUUGAAAAUUGACGAAUAAAGAAAUCUAUAUAAAAUAUA